GAAAAGAAGCUGAUUAGCCAAGCCACGCGGGUGUAGACUCUACGUAAAUGCGCUUUGGUGCUUUAUGUGCUUUUGUGUGGACUCACUAAAUUGUAAGCGUCAUGUCGGUGGAUGUAGACGAACAGUGCCUCAGCUGACUGAAGACUGAUGGGGUCUGGAGCAAGUCAGAGGCAAGAUUCAGUUUCAGAGAGCCCCCCCAGUUUAAAACCAAACACUGAGACAGAAUCGCCUGACUCCUCGCAGCGAACACCCAUCAUACUCAUCACAGCUCCAUCACGGGACGACAUCUACGCCACGCCAUCCAAAAUCACGAUAGCCGAUGCCAUAAAAGAGCAGCGGCCUGGGUCUGCACCCUUCGUAGUGGGGAAGAAACUACCAACCAGACAGUAACUCCAAAUGUCUAUCACAAGAGGUAUCGGUCCAGGUAUGGGACGCAGAAGCCGUUCACAAACUCCGGGAAAGCUGUUGGUUGUCCUCCCCUUACCAAAACAAACCUCAAUGGCGGCUGAAUGAGGUGCUGCUGUUUGUAGAUGUGCUCUCUUCGGGACUUAUUUUAGUCCAAAAACUGCAUUUAAAUAAAACAAUGGACGCGGCUGGAGAGGACGAACCGGACCCCAUAAAGCUGAAGUCUCUUAAGGAGAAUAAAACUUUCACAGUGCCUCAAAAUUACAGGUUUGGGAGCUGCAGAAGUGUCAGAGAGUUUGAGAAACUCAACCGAAUAGGAGAAGGAACAUAUGGCAUUGUGUAUCGUGCCCGUGACACCAAGUCAGAUGAGAUUGUUGCCCUGAAAAAGGUGCGAAUGGAUGCAGAGAAAGAUGGGGUCCCCAUCAGCAGCCUCAGAGAGAUCACACUGCUGCUGAGGCUGAGACAUCCCAACAUAGUGGAGCUGAAAGAGGUGGUUGUCGGCACUCAGCUAGAAAGCCUAUUUCUGGUGAUGAGUUACUGUGAACAAGAUCUGGCCAGUCUGCUGGAAAACAUGCAGACGCCAUUCUCAGAGGCGCAGGUUAAGUGCAUCGUUCUCCAGUUGCUUAGAGGUUUGGAGUAUCUCCACCACAACUUCAUUAUUCACAGAGACCUGAAGGUGUCUAAUCUGCUGAUGACAGACAAAGGCUGCGUAAAGAUUGCUGAUUUCGGUCUGGCCCGGAUGUACGGCAUUCCUCAGCAACCCAUGACACCACGAGUAGUUACGCUGUGGUAUAGAGCACCAGAGCUCCUCCUAGGGACGAAGACUCAGACUACGGCUCUGGACAUGUGGGCAGUGGGCUGUAUCCUGGCUGAGCUGCUUGCCCACAAACCUCUGCUGCCUGGAACCUCUGAGAUCCAGCAGGUCGACCUGAUCGUUCAGCUGCUGGGAACACCCAAUGAAAACAUCUGGCCGGGUUUCUCUCAGCUUCCCCUCAUCGGUCAGUACAGCCUGAGGAAGCAGCCAUACAACAACCUGAAGAACAAAUUCACCUGGCUGUCUGAUGCUGGACACAGACUGCUUAACCUGCUCUUCAUGUACAACCCCCAGCGCAGAGCUACUGCUAAAGAUUGCUUGGAGAGUUCGUACUUCAAAGAGAAACCUCUACCCUGCGAACCAGAGCUGAUGCCAACAUUCCCUCACCAUCGCAACAAGCGAGCGGCUCCUCCAGCAGAGAGCCACUCGAAGAGGAGCAAAGUGUGAAGAAACACUGAACUUACAGCCAUACCUCUGGUGGGAAAAUGGCCACAGUCAUGAAGAGCUUUUACUGUGGAGCUUUGAGCUAGUCCAAACCAGAAUCAGCUUCAGCACAGCUGUAGUGAAACAAAGUCAGACAAACUUACUGCUGGACUGUUAAAAAAAGGGAA